CUAUUGGAACAGUAAUUAGGUUCGCAUUUCAAUAUAGCAUCCAAAAUACUAUUUUUGUUGGACCUUUUCUCAUGGUAUAAUCUUUGGAUAUAUGCUCUGAUUAUAGUAGAAUAUCUGUAAUGGUUUUGUAUUCGGCGUGAUUCUUGAAUUUUCAACUGGGCUCUACAAAGUUCGCGUCUUUCUGGAAUUUUCAUUAUGGAAGUUGUGGGUACUCAAAUCAGAGUGCAGUCCUUGGUUGGUGAAAAGGCAGUGCCGCCUGAAUAUGUGCAGCCACUCGAGAGUAGAACUCAACGUGUUGUUGGAUAUAGAAAUGAUAUUGAUGAGCCAUCCCCGCCUGUUAUUGACCUUAGUGAUGGCAACUCGGUUCAUGAGCAACUGGGGCGCGCCUGCAGAGAUUGGGGAGCGUUCCAUGUGAUCAACCAUGGUGUUCCCGUUGAAUUGUUGGAAGAUAUUAGGAGAUUGAGCCGCUCCUUCUUUGAGGACUGCUCAAUGGAUCAGAAGCUAAGUUACGCGUGUGACCCCAAUUCCCCUGCUUCGGAGGGGUAUGGAAGCCGGAUGCUGGUAGCAUCUAAUGAUACAGUUUUAGAUUGGAGAGAUUAUUAUGAUCAUCACACUUUGCCUCUAUCACGCCGGAAUCCAUCUAAGUGGCCCCACUUUUCUCCCAAUUACCGAAAAGUUAUAGCAGAUUAUAGUGAUCAAAUGAAUGCCCUUGCUGAAAAGUUACUGUGCUUGAUCUCCGAGAGCUUAGGACUGCCGUCUUCUUGCAUCAAAGAUGCUAUUGGUGAAUUUUAUCAGAACAUCACUGCGAGCUAUUACCCUCCUUGCCCGCAGCCUGAGCUUACUCUCGGUUUGCAAUCACAUUCUGAUAUGGGUGGCAUCACACUUCUCAUCCAAGAUGAUGUGGGGGGGCUUGAGGUCUUCAAGGAUGGAAAAUGGGUGUUGGUAAAUCCAUUAUGUGAUGCCAUACUCGUGAUUUUGGCCGACCAAACUGAGGUGAUAACAAACGGAGAGUAUAUGAGUUGCGUGCAUCGGGCUAUCACUAAUGGGAAGAGAGCAAGACUUUCUGUUGCGACGUUUCACGACCCGGGGAAAACGAAGACGGUAUCUCCAGCUCUGGAGCCUCGUAAAUAUUGCCCAGUGAUGUAUGGGGAGUACGUUUCGUGGUGGUACACGAAGGGGCCAGAAGGAAAACGCAAUAUUGAUUCUCUUCUGCUUCAAUGAAUCGUUGUUGAUGCAUAUAUGUGGCUGAAUUAAUGCCACCUAAAUGGUGUUCAUCAUUGUUAGAAUCUAGUCAUCCAUACCUUCUAUUCUGUCUAAUUCACAAUAAUUGGCGGACUUGUCAUUCCAAUGGCUUCAAUUUGGAUAUUGACUCUCAUAUGUCAACAUGUCCUACAAAAAUAUAUACAUUUUUCACUUUUGGACA